UUGCGCCCGGACACUAUUAGAGGGAAGAGAACUUCUUGCGCCUGCUCCUGUCCAUGCCCUUCAGCAACGGUUUUAGCUCCUGAAGCACACAUGGACCCGGCUUGCAGCAGGAGGUUGAUCUAUUAAGUGAGCCGGAAAAGAAGCUUCUCUUCGCAACUCAAAGAGGAGACAGAACUGCAGGAAACCAGACGCUGCAAAAGCUACAGGCUGCGACUCAAGGACUUGUCUCCAUCUGACUUGCAUGUGUGAACUGAUCCGGUGGGAAGGAAUCUAAAGCCAUCAUCAUGGAAUUUGUAAUGAAACAAGCUCUAGGAGGGGCUACCAAAGACAUGGGGAAAAUGUUGGGUGGAGAAGAAGAGAAGGACCCAGAUGCUGCCAAGAAGGAAGAAGAACGGCAGGAGGCUCUUAGGCAGCAGGAAGAAGAAAGGAAAGCUAAAUAUGCCAAGAUGGAGGCUGAAAGGGAAAACGUGAGGCAAGGGAUUCGGGACAAGUAUGGAAUUAAGAAGAAGGAAGAAAGGGAAGCAGAGGCCCAAGCUGCUCUUGAAGCCAACGUUGAAGGCAGCCUGACGCGUCCAAAGAAGGCCAUCCCCCCUGGGUGUGGCGAUGAGGAUGAGGAGGAGGAAGAAAGCAUUCUAGACACCGUUAUCAAAUACCUUCCUGGUCCCCUCCAGGACAUGUUUAAGAAGUAAUGGCUAUAGACUGCCAGCCUGUCUAUGGACAGUAAAGCAAUAGAUUUCUCAUUGAUCCAAUGGGGAAUUUAUACUUGCCACACAUCACGCAACCUCUCCCCGGUCACCACUCCAGCCCCUUGUCAUUCACUCAGAUCCCUUCCCUACCCUGCCCCCUCCCAUCCAUUCCUUAUUUUGUACAUAUCACAUCUAGUAGAUGCCUCCGAAUGGAUGUAAAGAGCUGCAGUCUACACAACUUUUUAUUAUUAUAAAGCCAUAGUACUACGUAUGUUAAAUAAAGGAAGGUGUACAUUAAACAGAGAAGAGAGACAAUAGCAUGCUUGUUUUCAUCUCCCAGCAGGAGGGGGUUCACCCACAGCAAAUGGCAGGUGGCUUAUCUGUUUUUCCUUAUUUAUUGGUUUUAUAUCUAACAGUGGAUCAGGCCACCUCCGCUAUCGACAGCAUUAGGAUGUCUCUCCUAUAGGGCUGAGCGGAAAGGACUCACUGUUUUUCUGGAACAUUUUUUGUAGCGUCAGAAAACACGUUCCUUUUUCAGUGAUUUUUUUUGGCAAUGCCUGCAAAAAAAUAUUUGCCUGUUUAUUUAGAUUGCCCUUUCUUGAUCUCUCUCAACUGAUUUUGUUUGCCAUCAGUGACAUCAUUAUGUUGCCAAAUCUGAUUUGGUACAUAGUGCAGUGAUAUCAUCCUAUUCACUGUGUGAUCUGUGAUUGGCUGGGAUCACUUGUGUGAUUAAUCCAAGAAACAUUGCCCUCACUUUCAGUUGACUUUGUUUGCCCUCAGUAAUGUCAUCACAUUGUCAAAUUUGAUUGGCAACCUAGCAGUGUGACAUCAUCCAGUUGCUAUGUAAUGCCUGAUAGGCUGUGAUCACCUAAUAUGUGUAACCCAGGAAAGCGACAGAAGCAGCAACUAGGCAAAAACAGGGGGAAAUGGCAUAGAAGCACAGCAGCUAGGCGAAGCAAUGGUCACAAUCAAAACAACAAAAAUGUGAAUAUUCUCAUAAGCAUAGCAUUCUGCGGGAAUUAUUUCUGCCUUCCCCAAAUCACUUUUUUUGGCCAGAAAUAGAAAUGGGAGAAUAUUCAACAAAGUCCUAUUCCUCUAUACUAGAGAUAUUUCCAGCUCGUAGUGAAUCAAAUCUUUGUUUCUUAUACUAUUCCCAUUAUUGCACAGCACUGAUAAAAGACAAUUUGGACAAUGAGCCAUUACUACAAUACUCAUAUUUCCAACCCCAGUGUCAAGGUGUGAAAAAAUAUAACCCAUUUGAAACACAUCUAAUGCCUCAGAACAGAGGCGCUCUUACCCCUGGACUUCUGGGCCAAAGUCCAGGGCCUCCUAAAAUCCUUUUUAGUCUGUCCCUGGUAGUGUUGCUGCAUUAAAAAUAUCUUAAAGAUACUAUGUGUGGAGGGCCUCCAAAAGCCUUUAGGUCCAGGCUCCAAAAUUACCUAGGUGCGCUUCUGCCUCAGAAUCUUCUAGACAAGUGUCUUGUAGCUUUGAAAACAGCCAUAACGAGGAGAUAACAAGAAACAUUUAUUUCAUCUGCAAAAUACUGUCUUCCCUUCCUAGAUUAAAAUGUCUGCCAGUACUUUCCAUCUAGUCAUGUAAAAGCUCCCGAUUACUGUGAGCCACUUAGUCUGCAGAACCUAACCACCUCUGUUGGAGUCACCAAGCUGUUUGUUAUAGCCAAUCAGGUCCUUCACCAUCCAGGGAGGACUGUGGGAACUAGACCCCAUUCCAUCCUUUUCAGCUUGUGUUUAAAAAAGACAGGAAGCCUCUAGCCUUUUAUUGGAGAAGGUAUGUUAAAAAGAAAAGUGCAGGGUAGUAUUCUACCCAACACUUGGAUACUUAAUAAAAUAUAAUUGAAUUGUUAAGUUUAGUUCAUAGAUAAAAGAAUAUAUCAGUCUAUUUGUAUUUAGGGUGGGUUUUUUCCUUCUAUUUUUGUAUUUACAUAUGAUGGACACCCAUUUAAGUCCUUUAGGAUCACAAAAUGUCUGGCUAUGAGCCUAUGCCCAAUAACCUUGAGUGUUUGACCUACGUUUCACCGACUAGAGCAAAGGCUGAGAAGGCUGAAGAAGCCUGGCUCAGAUCUUGGAGGGACUGCAGCACUUACCCUGCAUAUAAAAAGGUCUAUUCUAGUUGGAAGGGUCUCAAGUGGCAAGGAUGGGAAAGAUCUCUGCUUGGAGAAGUGCUGCUAGAGAAGCCAGUAAUAAAUAGAUUAGGUGAGCCAAUGUAUAAUUCUGUCCUUUACAUAACUGAGAGAGCAGAAUUCUCCAUGGAAUUCUUUCCCAUCUUGAUUAGUCUGCACACAGGUUUGAUGGGAAUCCACUUUUUCAUAGGUGCAACACGCACUCUGAUUCUGUCCCUGUGCCAAAAUUGGGGCUGCCUGGCUGGUAUGCUGGAACAGGAUUUUCAUCACCAGUUGCCCAUUGUAGCAUGCUCCAGUUUAAUGCUGGAACAAGGGCUGAAAGGGCAUAUCCAUGUGAGGCAUCUAUUUGUUGUAGAUCUAUACCACUCCAGGCAGCAGGUGGACAAACUGUGUGUUUGAAUGUUCUCGUUUAAUUUAAAAGAACAAAAACAAAAACUCCCUGCACAUGGAAAACCAGCAUGUCAGAGAGAAUAGCUCUUGGCUACCUUUCUCCCUAACAUGUUAGGAGGUUUGUUUGUUUAUUUAAAUGCAGGAAAUCAUUCAGACAUUUGAUUUGCCCACCCACAGUCCAAACUACUACAUGCAUGAGGCUGCUGACUAGGUAGUUCAGCUGAUUGACAGGAUUUCAAGCCAAUGACCUUGUGGUCUGAUGGUCAAAUCUGAAUUUGGUCUUCCCAAUGUCAGUUCAAAAGGUAAGUGGGGGAAAUCAGCCUUGUUCUGAGACACUGGGUCAAUUUCACUGGACAGUGGUGUGAUCAUGUGCUGAAAUAAGUAGCCGCAUUGAAUCUGAUUUUCCCAUAAAGUCAGCUCUAUUCACAUUAUGGCUGAAUUCAGAUAUAACAGGAAACUGGAGGUCUUGUCACCUCCAAUUUCCUUGGAUGCACUUCCAAAUUUGGGAAACGGGAGUUGAAAGCUGCAGGGAGGCAGCUCUCCCGAAAGUACGAAUGCAGAUGGGAGAGUGGGGGUUGAGGGGUGCUGAACCAUUGGUCCAUUGGACCUGCGGUCCCAGGUUAUGCCUGAAGGUGGCCAAUGAGUGUGAUGCCAAACCAUAGGCAUAGCUUCCUGAAAGGGAAAGGCCAUUGUGCACUGUGUUCUGAUUUGGCAUUUUGACCAUACCUGUUGCACAAAGACUGAUUAAUUUAUAAAAUAAUGACCAUUUUGAGAGGAACCCUUUAUGUUUUACAAGUCCCCAUUCCAGAUCAGUGGUUUCAUGGAUACAGUGGUCCCUCGACUUACGUAAAUAAUCCAUUCCGAACGCACGUUCGGAGGUCGAAAUUUUCGUAAGUCGAAGAGCGCACCACGGAAGUCUGAAAACAUUCGUAAUUCGAGGAAGCCGCAUCUAAAAAUUUGUAGGUCGAGUAAGCUGAAUCUAAACCGGCAACUACUUCAGGUCUUUUUUGUCGCUCAUAACUCGAAAACAACGUAAGUCGAGUAGUUCGUAGGUCGAGGGAUUACUGUAUACGAUUUCUAACCAGAACAACUCAGUACUUAUAGCUAAGAUAUCAGUCAGCACCGGAUUUCUGUUCAGAAACUGAAUUAGAGAAAAUUUAUUGAACCAAUUUCUCUCUCUCUCUCUCUCUCUCCCUCUCCAGAUAGAUAGAUAAUGGUAAAUCCACCCUACUGAUGAUAAUAGGAUCUCAGUGGCGUUGGGGCAAGAUCUCAAUAAAGUAUUUAUUUAUGUAUGAAAUAUAUGCCCAAACUUAAAGUUUAUAUGCCCCACUUAAGGUUUCAAUCGAGCCCUCAGGAUGGCUAAUCUCCGAAACCUUUGCAAAACCCUAUAAUAGUUUAAAAAACAGAAAUGAAAUAGCAAGUAUAGAGAAUAACAAAACAAUGAACAGCAGCAACAAACACAUCAGCCAUUCCUAACCAUCCUAGAACCUCUUAAAAUGGCCUCUGAAACAGAAUCUUCUUUGCCACUCUUCUAAAAGCAAUAAUGGGGCAAGUUUGACUUCGCUCCUGGGGUAGGGAUUCCAUAAUCGGGGCACCACUGCUGUUGGGCACAAAGCUUACUCCUUGUGCCCAGCAGCAUAAUUCCCAGUGAAGAGGAGGGCAUCACCAGAUGAUCAUAGCUCAGAGGGCUGGGAUAAUCAUGAAUCAUACAGCAGCAUUCUCAGUGAACUGGUAGUGUAAUGGGAUUUGGGACUGCCGGGUGAAGAGUGUAGAUAUUUUCUCACAGUGUUGUCUUCGACUCAACAGCCUCUGUAUUUUAUAGUUAGUCAGCAGCCAGUUGCCUCACUGAUUUCUCCAGACUGAUAUGAAACGGCUAAGAUGUUUUACAUCUUUGUUUCCUUCUUCCCUCACACUAGGUUUUGAGUUGAGUGCACAAGUUUCUGAGGCCCCAUCUAUGGUAUGAACUUCAUAUUGGCAGGUACCAAUUUAACUGUCGAGGCUUCCCUAAAAGAAUCCUGGGAAAUAUAGAAGCUGUUCUUCUAUAUUCCUGGGCUAGGCUGCUCGUGUGGAUCACUGGGAUCCGUGCAGAUCCUGGUGCUCAGACCAACCCCGCUCCUAAGCCUGGCUCUAAGCCAAGGUUAAGGGAGCAAACGCUCCCUUAACCUGGCUGGGCUUGUGUGUCUCCUCGGGCUCCACACAGCCCGAGGAGAUGCAGAGAAGGUUGCCUAGAAUAUACGUUUCACAGAGGAUCCUGUCAAUGCACCGUGUUCAUGGCACAUUGCAUUGUGGGAUCUCUGGAGGCCAAGAUGUGUUGUCCCGGCCUCCAGAGCUCUGUGCUGCAUGGCACAGAGUUCCCAGAGUUCUCUGGGGAAAGGCAAUGACUGCUAAAUUAAACCCAUUUAAAUUUGUAGGCAUAGAUAUGCCCUUAUUCAAUGGCUCAUAAUAACUAAGCCUUUGGCUGGUUAGGUAUUAGCAUCUUACACCAGAGUCUGUAUGUCUCACUGUUCACAAGCCAGUGUCUUGUGUAUCUACAAUCACUUCUAUACUGUUCUAAUUCAAAUAUUAUAGCCUAUCUCUUCCUAUUGACACAAAAUGCACACAAAAUCAGCCCUUGUUCAUGCAACUUCAAUGUAGGCAUUACAGCUGGUUAUGUGGUAAAGUCAUUGUCUUAUUACUUCAAAACACAAAGAUCUAUUUUUGAGCCCAUAAGGAGGUGUGAAAAAAACAAUUACUUCGUAACAGGUUAACAAGCAAACUGAAUGUCCAGCAAAGCAAUCAGACUACUGCUUAGCCACAUGGCCAAAUAGUAUUCCCAUUCUGCACUCCUGCUACCUUCUGGUCAUGUGAAUCUGCCUUGACUUGAGCUCCAAAGGCAACUAAAAAUAAAUGAAGAACCAGGACCAAGGAUCAUUAAUCUGAUAUAGGGUACACUCAUGAUUCCAAUUGGAAUCCAAUGACAUGCCAUUAACAGAGCCAUAGAUUUCAGUGUUUUUAUUUUUAGCAAAUAAAGAUGGACUUGAUAUUCUGCUAAAAUUAAUAGGUGUGAAGGAAAAGCUGGGCUAGUGCAUUUAUCUCAAAUUACCUUUCAAAAGGGAGACCAAGAGACAUGCUACAUGAUCAGCAAAAUCACAUUGCGGUAUCCUCCCUGAAUUGUUCCACUUUAGCUACACAUAGCCAAUUUUGAAUGCUCUCCGCCAUUAAAGAAAACUUUUCACAUGUAGAAAACAAGCACAUCGAGGAGAAAGGUUCCAGCUUAGUUGCCCUGACAUUCCAGUUUUCAACAUGCAGGCAUUUUUCUGUCAUGUGGGAGAGCAUUUUUAAAAAUGCAGUUCCUGCCCCAGCUAAAAUCUGAAUGGCUACAGUCCAGGAAGGACUCCGCCCCAUGAUUGUGCUGAGCAUAUAGAUUAGCCCUGAGGCAUACACCUGAAGCAAUGCCCAGUGCUGAGGGGUCUUUCCCCUCCAAAGUGCCUAGACUGUUGUGACCAUAGUCACAACAGGCACUUCCCCACUCUGAAAUGAAACGUCAGCACAGUUCUUCAGUUCUCAGCUUUUGACCUGUAUGAAUCUGAGGACUAUGAAUGAAACACUAAUCUCCACCACACAGCCAGUUGAUGCACUUAAAUCAAGACCAAAGAAAAGUGUGGCUUGCUUGGAUUUUGAAUAUCUCUUUGUCCUUCCAUGCCAUUUUACAUCACAAUAUGUUCAAUCUCAGGUAUAUGAGGUCUUCUUGGUUGAGUUUUUUUUUUGUUUUUUUUAAAUAAAUAGUUUUUAUUGAUAUCGAAAGCUUGGGCAGUUCCUUUCUUGCCAUUUCUGCAUUGUAUCCCCCAAAGCCUUUCUGUUUCAUUUGAAAAAAUAAAGCAGUAUUAAUCAAAAGGCCUUUACUUUGGGGGGAAGCCAAGUGAUUGAUUGAGUUUGGCAUUGACCUUCAUGAACUUGCAUUUAUCUUUAGAGAAAGCCAUAUGAAAUCAGACUGCAAUAUUAAUUAUGAAUGCUAAUAUGUGUUUAAAACAAAACAAAUGGGGGGGGGAAACUUAGAUUGUGUGCUAAAUCACUUUGGCAUUUCUCUGUCUAUGUUUCCAGUACAAUAUGUUAGCUUAGUUUCCAUUCUAUUGAGAAACAACAUACCAAUGAUGUUCAACACAUCUUACAAACAGGCUCUUAGAACACUAGAACCAAUUGUUGUUAGGAAUCCGUUGUUGUGAUCUGAAUGUAAUGUCCUAUGUAUACCGAAACCCGUUCUCUGUAUCUGUUUUAUUCUGUGUUAACCGAGAUUCCGGUUAUAUGUGCUCAGUCGGCAACAUCUUUCAGUAAAUGUCUUUUUAAACUAUGCUUGUUUUCACACUCGCAUAAUAACAAAAAGCAGAACACUAACUAGAUGGGCAUUUUCCAAUAGGCAAAACAAAUGCUCCUUUUUCCUCUCCAAGAUGCAUGCAGCACCUUCCAAAGCAGCCUGAAGGUGACUUCAAGUAGAGACUUUGUGAAUGUAAAUUUUGUUUGUAAUUUGCCUGCUACCUUUUCCUGCAUGAUGUGGGUUCAAUGGUACAAUGUUCUUUUCAAAUGGAAUCACAGCCAAUAAACAACAAGAAGAACAACAAAACAAAUGGUAAUAAUAAAGUGAUUUCAUACCUUUUCCCCC